UCUACCACUAGAUAGACCUGCUGCCACCUGGCAAGAGCCAUCGUCAGUAGCUGCUGAGUCGCCAUCACUGCUGCUCAUCUGCUCCUUCUUCUUACGCAGCUCAACUUUGCCCCCUAAGUUAUCAGUCUUGGUCUUUCUCCUGGCCCUCUGGUACUUGAAAUCCGCUUCAGCCUACCCGAAGAACAAGAACUUGAAAGAUAAAACUUUCCCCAGAUUGAGUCUUGGAAUUCCUGAACUGCGAUUCACUUUUUCAGAGUCACACCUCAGCAGUACAUGACAGAUCCCAGGACAGAGUUAACACUCUUAUAAGAGCCCCCUACCAGGAUUAAGACCUCGUUCAGCGAGAAGGCUUAAGGAAUUAUAUUUCAGGAGAAAUGAGCGGCUCUGGAAAAGGACUCUUGGGGCUCUGGCUAUACAAGACGGGAGAAGAAUGGAUGUUAAAGGAUCCACUUCGACUUCAGAAGGCUGCCAGGACUCAGAAACCUUCUGCUAAACCCACUUCAGCUUCAGCAUCAGCACUGGAAAGCACCUCAGAGGAAGUGUACCAGCCCUCACACAACUCUGUGGUUUUUAACCUCAAGAACCAAGUAGGAGGCCUUGCCAAGGCUCUUGAAGUCUUCCAGGACCGGGGCAUCAACGUGGUCCACAUUGAGAGUCGUAAGUCCCGCCGUCGCAACUCGGAGUACGAGAUCAUGGUAGACAUCGAGUGCGACAACUCUAAGAUGGACGACCUGACGCGACUCCUGCAGCGACAGCUGUCGUGUCUGAGUCUACACGACUACGACAAGGGUGAGGACUUCCCACCGCCCACGCCCGUGAGUCAGGAGAGCUUCGAUUUGAGCGACAUGUGCCCCUGGUUCCCACGCAAGAUCAGUGACCUGGACAACUUUCAGAAAGUACUUAUGUAUGGUUCUGACCUGGACGCUGACCAUCCUGGCUUCAAAGAUCCAGUUUACAGAAAGAGAAGACAUUACUUCUACGAUCUGGCUAUGAACUACAAGUUUGGGCAAGACAUACCCAGAGUGGAGUACACGGCGGAGGAGAUAAGUACCUGGCGUACUAUCUUCAGAGAACUGUUCCGGCUGUACCCAGCACACGCCUGUAAGGAAUACAACAGCAACUGGCCCAACCUCGUCAAAUAUUGCGGCUACAGAGAGGACAACAUACCACAACUGGCAGACAUCGACAAGUACCUCAAGCGUACAACCGGCUUCUCACUGCGUCCCGUGGCCGGAUAUCUCUCCCCUCGAGACUUCCUCGCCGGCCUCGCCUUCAGAGUCUUCCACUGUACCCAGUACAUCCGCCACUCCUCUGAUCCCUUCUACACUCCUGAACCUGACUGCUGUCAUGAGCUACUGGGGCACAUGCCCAUGCUAGCUUGCCCAUCUUUCGCCCAGUUCUCUCAGGAGAUUGGUUUGGCAUCUCUGGGUGCCAAUGAUGAGGAUCUCCAGAAGAUAGCAACGUUGUACUUCUUCACUGUUGAGUUCGGGAUGUGUAAGGAGGCUGGAACACUCAAGGUGUACGGUGCUGGUCUACUCUCCAGCAUAGGUGAACUACGACACUCUGUGUCACCAGCAGCUAAGGUAGAACCAUUCCACCCUGACACUGUCUGCAGCGUCACCUGCCUCGUCACCACCUUCCAGAACCAGUACUUCUUUACUGACACUUUCGAGGAGGCUAAGGAGAUGCUUAGGGACUACGUCUCAAGGAUUCAGAGACCUUUUGGAGUGCGCUACAAUCCUUACACUCAGAGCGUGGAAAUCCUCAGCAAUGCUGAGAAGAUUGCUGCCUUGGUGUCAGAGCUGAGAGGAGACCUGUGUAUCGUCAGGAACGCUCUGCAGAAGAUCCAUGAACAUGAUGAAGAUGUGAACAUUGAGAACAUCACCAGCAUCUUAACAUCAGCUCUCAAGACUGAAGACUCUACGAAGACUUAAUUACCUCUCUCUCUCUCUCUCUCUCUCUCUCUCUCUCUCUCUCUCUCUCUCUCUCUCUCUCUCUCUCUCUCUCUCUCUCUCUCUCU